AUGGCAGACGAGAUCUACGAGCUUGACGUGCCUGGCACGGAACAACUUGUUGAUGUGCAUCAUACACUGCAAGCAGCACACGCUGGUGGAACCAGUGACAUUGUCCUUAUUCCUCAACCAACAGGCGCUGGUGGCGACCCUCUACGAUGGGAUCGAUGGAAGAAGUAUUACCAGCUUUUCCUCCUCGCAUUAUAUGCAUGCGCGUUUUCUUUUGGUGAAAACACCCUCGGAGCCGCUUGGACGACAGUCUCCGAAGAAACCGGGGUCAGCCUGACGAACAUGAAUGGUGGCAGUGCUCUCAACUAUCUCCUGCUGGGGUUUGUCAAUAUCUUCUGGAUCCCAAUGGCCAUGAAAGUCGGUCGACGGCCGGUCUUCUUGGCUACCACCACUAUCUGCAUGAUUACUGGUGUUUGGCUUGGGAAAGUCAACGGCACAGCGUCGUGGAUGUUGAACAUGGCGUGCAACGGAAUCGGCACCUCGGCCUACCAAGCCGUCAUCCAGUUGAGUGUUUUUGACAUGUUCUUUGUUCACCAGCGAGGGCGGAUGUUGUCAGUGUACCUCUUCGGACAGCAACUCGGCAGCAUCCUCGGACUCAUCAGCGGUGGCAGCAUUGCGGAUGGCCCGGGUUGGCGAUGGUCCCAGUACAUUGUCGCGAUCAUCGAUGCCAGCGUGCUCGUCCUCCUCCUCCUGACUUUUGAGGAAACCAUGUUCCCUCGCUUCUUGUUCGGCAAAGUCGCCGGCGUUGCUCCUGUGACGCAGUCCGUGGUUUUCCCACACUCUUCCGACAGCAAAGCUCCUGGUGAUACCUUGACGCAGAGCCAAAGUCCAAGCGAGAUCGAACACGACAUCACAUUGGAGGCGCAGUUUCCUAAGCGCACCUAUUCAGAGAAGCUGAAGCUGUGGGUCUACUACCCGCAAGAUCGGACCACGUACUGGCAAUACUUCCGAAGACCUUUCGUGCUGUUCACCUUCCCCAAUGUUGUUAUUGCAGGAGUAAUCUUUGCCUUUGGAUGCACCGCUGGCAUCGUUAGCUUCAAUACCAUCUCUGAGAUCAUGACCGAUCCACCCUACAACUGGUCGACGACCUCGACGGGGUUGAUCUUCUUUGCCGCCCUGGUUGGAAACUUUGUCGGCUGGGCCACUGGCGUUCUCGGCGAUCACGUCGUGAUCUUCUUUGCACGGCGCAAUGCGGGCGUGAAGGAGCCCGAAAUGAGACUGUGGACCCUCUGUUUGUCAUUUGUCUACGCUGCUGUCGGGUAUCAACUAUAUGGCUGGGGCGCCGAGUUUGGCCUCCACUGGAUGACAAUCGCUUUUGGAGUGGGCUGCAUGAUCGCUCACCAAGUCUCUGCCUGUUCAAUUGCCACGGCGUACGCUAUGGAAUGCUUCCCAGGGAUUGCAGGAGAACUCGUUGUGGUUUUGGCUAUCUGUUCAUCCUGCAUCAACUUCGCCAUCUCCUACUCGGUGCAGCCUUUCAUCAUUGCGGCAGGAUAUGGGUAUACAUUCCUUUUCUUUGGGUUGUGUGUUCUGGCCUCCAUGGUUGCCGCCAUACCCACAUACAUUUAUGGAAAGAGAUGGCGACGCAGGAGAGCACCGCGCUGGCGAAAGUGGUUGGCCGAGAGGGAUGCGUGA